UUCUUUUCCGAUACAGAAACGUUAUUUCCCAGACGUAAAACUCCACGUAAAGCAUUUGUGACUUGUCUCUCCCUCUUUUUACGACCCCCCACUGCGCCCAGCAAAUCUGUGAAGUUGUAUUUUAAUGUGUGGUCAGUUGUUAGGAUGGGCUUUUAUUUUGAACGGGUGAGAAUGAGAGUGUGGUCCUGACUAACAGACGGCUGAGGAAAUAAGCAUUAUUCUUAUAGUUCUUUACUGAUUCACGAGGAAACAGAGGACGACCACAGCUGGGGGACAUCACUGUGUGCGUCAUGGACAGCGCUUAAUCUCCUGAAAGGUAAAUGAUCAUCACUGUCAUUUAUUCCCAAAGCAGUAAAGCCUCAAUGUUUCUAUUUUAAAGCAUGUUUCUCUGGUGACAUCCAGGUUGGACGUUCACCCUCUUCACAGAGUAACGUGAUAGUGUGCGCAUGCGACGUUGGCUCAACAGGUUUAUAUGUGUCUUAUUUUUGGUCGCAUCACGUGGUAGGAGUGGCUAUUUGCUGCUAUUUAGGCUUUUCUUAUGGAUCUCACUCCUUUGGUGCAUGAACAUUUCAGAUGCUACAAGGAAAAGUCCAGAUGUCUCUGCUCAGGUCCCUGGUAUUGGUUUUGCUGAUUUUUGGAUACUUCGCUUGUACUGCACCCAGUAAGCGAUCUAGACGUUCAACAGAACAGUGUGAUAAUGUUAUAUUGAAUGACAGCAAACAGUUGUGUUGUGGACCAGCACAUAACAAGACUGUCCUGAACAGAACCUCUGAUCACCACUAUUGUUGUGGUAAAGAACAGUAUGACAACACAACUCAAACCUGUUGUCACACAAACAAACGUCUUGAAAUAUUGAAUGACAGCGAACAGCUGUGUUGUGGACCAGAACAUAACAAGACAGUCCUGAACAGAACCUCUGAUCAUCACUAUUGCUGUGGUAAAGAACAGUAUGACAACAGAAGUCAAAGUUGCUGUCACGUUGAAGGAAAUCUUGAAAUAUUGAAUUACAGUGAACAGCUGUGUUGUGGACCAGAACAUAACAAGACAGUCCUCAACAGAACCUCUGAUCAUCACUAUUGCUGUGGUAAAGAACAGUAUGACCACACAACUCACAGCUGCUGUCACGUUGAAGGAAGUCUUGUUAUAUUGAAUGACAGCAAACAGCUGUGUUGUGGACCAGAACAUAACAAGACAGUCCUGAACAGAACCUCUGAUCACCAUUAUUGCUGUGGUGAAGAACAGUAUGACCACAGAAAUCAAAGUUGCUGUCACGUUGAAGGAAGUCUUGUUAUAUUGCAUGACAGCAAACAGCUGUGUUGUGGACCAGCACAUAACAAGACUGUCUUGAACAGAACCUCAGAUCACCACUAUUGUUGUGGUAAAGAACAGUAUGACAACACAACUCAAACCUGUUGUCACACAAACAAACGUCUUGAAAUAUUAAAUGACAGCGAACAGCUGUGUUGUGGACCAGAACAUAACAAGACAGUCCUGAACAGAACCUCUGAUCAUCACUAUUGCUGUGGUAAAGAACAGUAUGACAACAGAAGUCAAAGUUGCUGUCACGUUAAAGGAAGUCUUGAAAUAUUGAAUUACAGUGAACAGCUGUGUUGUGGACCAGCACAUAACAAGACUGUCCUGAACAGAACCUCUGAUCACCAUCGCUGCUGUGGUAAAGAACAGUUUGAUAACAGAACUCACUGCUGCUUUCACAUUGGAGAUAAUCUUCAGAUACAACCUAAUUUUCCCAGCUGCUGUAAAGAAAAACUCAAUGACAGAAAACAGCUGUGUUGUGGAGAAGAUUAUGACAAGACCGUCCUGAACAGAACCUCCAUCUACCACCGUUGCUGUGGUAAAGAACAGUAUGACAACACAACUCAAAGCUGUUGUCACACAAACAAACGUCUUGUUAUAUUGAAUGACAGCAAACAGCUGUGUUGUGGACCAAAAGAUAACAAGACAGUCCUGAACAGAACCUCUGAUCACCACUAUUGCUGUGGUAAAGAACAGUAUGACAACACAACUCAAACCUGUUGUCACACAAACAAACGUCUUGUUAUACUGAAUAACAGCAAACAGCUGUGUUGUGGACCAAAAGAUAACAAGACAGUCCUGAACAGAACCUCUGAUCAUCACUAUUGCUGUGGUAAAGAACAGUAUGACAACAGAAAUCAAAGUUGCUGUCAUGUUGAAGGAAGUCUUGUGACACUGAAUAACAGCGAACAGCUGUGUUGUGGACCAGAACAUAACAAGACAGUCCUCAACAGAACCUCUGAUCAUCACUAUUGCUGUGGUAAAGAACAGUAUAACCACACAACUCACAGCUGCUGUCACGUUGAAGGAAGUCUUGAAAUAUUGAUUGACAGUAAACAGCUGUGUUGUGGACCAGAUCAUAAUAAGACUGUCCUGAACAGAACCUCUGAUCACUACCGCUGCUGUGGUAAAGAACAGUUUGAUAACAGAACUCACUGCUGUGACAUGGGAGAUAAUCUUCAGAUACAACAUAUUGACUCCUACUGCUGUAAAAGUUUGAAACAGCAGGUAAGAAUCAACUCAACAACAUUUAUCAACAUCUCAUCUCAUCUGUCAAGUCACCAAGAAACAAAACAACUACCAACAACUGUUGCUUAUUCAUCCUGACUCAUCAUAAAGUGUUUGGUUUGUUGAUGGUUUUGUAUUUAGUUGCCUUGAAAGUGAUGAUGCAGUAAAGCAUUGUUUGUUGUGUUUUACUUUUCCAGACUCACGCACAUCCAUCUGUCGAGUAAGUCAAACAUCUGGACAAUAAUACAAACUCUACAGUAUUUGUAUUUCUGCUAAAAGACGCCAAUGUCAAGUUUCCCUAAAUGAUCAAAACAAAACUACUCCAUGAUCUUAAACCUUGGACCUUAGACCAGGGUCCUCUCAACCAACUACAGAACAGUGGAUCCACAGUUUCAGUAAAGGUCACUAAUGAUCACGCCACCUUCUGACCGUCUCCUGUGGUUCUCUGUUUCUCUGUAGUCAUUAUUAUUAUUAGUUCAGGUUCUCAUGGUGACAUUCAUGUUUACUGUACCAUUAUUGCUGUAACUGUGUUUCCUGCCAGUAUAUCAGCAGAGUAAGACAACAGGACAUUGAAUGUCAAGGUUCUUGUGUUUUUCUCCUUCCAUAUCUUCACAUCCGCAGCAGUGAGCCACACAAACACCUCACUAGGUCUUCAAGGCAGAACAAACGCUGUGGCUGUGGGAGAACGUGCUGGUGCUGCUGCUCAGGUCGAUGCCGUGCUGUUCCCAUCAAGUGCAAACCACACGUACUUGUGUGCUGGGAUGGCUGCGUAUCUAACAGAAAGCCGCGGAUGACUCAAUGUCAUGACUCGCCUGGACAUCGCUGCUGCUGGAGGAAAACCUUCA